AUGAUUGGAGCUGAAGCAACUGCCGGAAGUUGGUCUCCCUGGGGAACAUGGGCUGAUACCUGUGCCGUGAGUAAAAUAGAAAUUACUACUUAGAAAACAAGACCAAUAAUUUCCAGAACUGCCCAUCCACCUCUGUCUACCGUGGCCGCACGCGAGUUUGUAUUCCUGCUGCCGAUGGAACCAACGAACCUUGCGUGUGGGUUAUAGUUCCUCCCAAUUUGAUCAUUUUUGUUGGGUGAGAAAAAAAUCAAUUGUCGUGAUCUUUUUCCCCAGAUAAUCCAAUUAUGCGGGCUCUCUCACCAGAAUGAAUGAAUUUUCAACGAAUAAUUUGAGGAAAAACUCGAAUUUAGGCAAAGCGCUGAAUUUAAAAAAAAAACCAGCAUACCGGAAAUUGGGAGAUCCUGCUAAUAAAAAUCUAAAUUUAAAAUUUUUUUUAAAAUUUUGAAUCUCAAUAUAAGUUAAGUUGAAAAAUUUGGUUCCUUAUUUUUUUUGCAUGUGAAGGUGAACAUUGAAGUGGCAACAUUUUUUUUUCAAGUUCUCCAACUUUUCAAGCUAAAAACUUUUAUUUCCAUGUUUUUACUUUUUAAGUGCUCUAAAAAAAUUUUUUUGAAAGAUUGAAAUUGAGUUCCUAAAAAUCCAUUUACAAACUCUUAAUUUUUUGUAGUUUUGAGGAGCAGAAAAACUAUGAUCAUCUCUUUUUUCCGCUCUCUGAUCUUUCCAAUGCGGAAACUACAAACCAAAAUCAAAUUGAAACUGUUUGAACUGUACUGAAAGUAUAUCCGAUCACAUGGUGUAAUCCGAUACAUGCGAUGAAAUAAUUUGGUAAUGGUUUUUCAUCGGUCAGACAAAGAAAAAAAGAGAGAAAACUUUUGCAGUGGAUCGAGAGUUGAGGAAACGGUUUGCAACUGUCCGACCGAAGGAUUAUGGGGCGAGUGGAGCGCCGCCAGCGCCUGCAAGCCGAACUGUGGUUUCUGUGGUCGACGAUCUCGCACCAGAAGCUGUACUCAGGUCGACGGCUGUGCUGCUGUUGAUUGCGUGUAAGUAUCUUCAUUUUAUCGUGAUUAUCUCGAAGGAAAUAUUUUAGUUGAUUGAGAAAAAAUCACUUUUUUUUCAUUCAAAUACUCGAUUGAAGCUUGACUAUCAAUUGACUUUUCUUUCACCAAAAAAACUUUUCAGUUCAUUCAGCAGAACCACACACGCGUCUCAAAUCUAACUGAACCUAACUCCAACUUUUGAGACUCCAAAAAGAUUUUUUUUUCCAAAUUCUCUAUAAUGAAAAUUUUGGAGUAUGAUUUUCCUGGUAUGGAAAAAAACGUGACGGCAUCAAGGACGAAAAAAAUAAUAAUCAACACGAUCUUCUUGGAACUCACGCAAGUGGAGAAAGGGUUCGCUUUUUCUGCCCCAACGGAGAUUUUUUUAAAAUAAAUUCGAAACAAGAUUAAAAAAACGGUGUCUUGCUUCAGGGUUCAGAAAAAAAUGAAAAAUAUAUAAACUGGUUUCACGGAUGUUUUUUUUUUUCAAAAACUGAGAGUGUUCAUGUGUUUUUCCACAGUGGAGAUGAUACCUCGGUCGACCCAACCCCAUGUAGCAACAGCGAUUCAAUUUGUAUGUUUCCCAAUCCGAACUGCUGUUCUGACGGCCCUCAGAAAUACAAAAAGGUGAGACUUGAAACAAGUAUCAAUGUUUAUAUUUUUCCAUUUUUUUUCAGGCCAUGGACUUGGUUACCAAGAGAUUCUACUGCGAGCCCCGCUAA